GAAAUCAAUUGAAUCUAUCACGGUAGACAAAUAUCCAAGGAAAAGGACAUUAGUGUUCCUCUGCUGGAUUUUCUUUAUCCAGAUUCUUUAGAGCAAGCCAGAAGCAUACUUUUCUUCACCUGUCAGUCUUCUUUCGUGUCAUUUCCUAGCCAAGUAUCAUGGGGCGGAGAAGUUCUGAAUUGGGUGAUCUCCAGUCACGAGAUGAGGAUUGCAGAAUGCACAGCACGCUUUCAGUCUUGAUCCCUGAACUGAAGACGGGUAUGUUUCUUCUCUCCCUACUUUUGUUCUUUGCUCUGUCUAUCUGCAGGGUCUUCUGGUAGAAACUUAGGAUAGGUCGGUAUCGAGAGAGGAUUCGCGUGACGUCUUGUUGAUUUGUUAGUGGUGUUGCAGUAGAUGCGGGUCGUAUCGACCGAACCAUGUAAGCCUUGGAAGUCAGAACUUUGGUUCUGCCGCCAAUUUUUCCGUUGGAGACAGGGGAGGCAGAGUACAUGUUGGCCUUUGCCCAUGCAGUGGGUCACAGUAAUCAGCUUGGCAUGUGAAAUUGAAAGCGAAUGGAAGGAUUAAGGAAGGAGGAUUUGUUCGACUUCAAGAACCCGCUGGUUCCACCAGAGAAUCCCAUCGGGGAUGAGAUCGUGUAUUUCCAUCCAGUGUCGGACUGUAGCAUCUACAGAGUCCCAAAAUCGAUACGCGAUGGAUAUGAAAAGGCAUUCAGCCCUCGAUUCGUUUCCCUUGGGCCAUUUCACCAUCACAUCAAGGAUCUGCUAGCAUCGGGGCAUAAGGAAAGUUACUUCGACGACUUUGUGCGAGAGAGCAAGCUAAGCGCACAACAUCUGUUCGAGUUCGUCAAGGGAAGGGAAGAAGCCAUUCGCAAGUGCUAUGCAGAGACAAUUGAGCUAAAAAGCAACGGCCUUGCGAGAUGUGUUCUAGUGGACGCUGUUUUCGUCAUCGAGAUCUUAUUGAAGAAUAGAGAUCGCAGCUUAGUAGGUGAGAACGAUCGGAUAUUCAAAAAGCCGUGGCUGAUUAACGACAUGAAAUACGACAUCUUGAAGAUGGAAAAUCAGAUCCCUUUUGCCAUCCUUGAGGACCUCUUAGCUUUGCACCAAUCAACCAAAGAGUCUGAUGUUGAAAGGCUCUCUCUUGGUGUUCUCACACAUGAAUUCUUCAAGUUGCAGUUAGGAGGCAUUACAGAGAUUGCGGAUGACUUUGCCAAGGUCUGCUCCAUGAAAUCAAGGAACUUUGUGGAUGCGCUCAGAAACUAUAACUUGCCAUCAGUGGCGCCGUCGUGGCCUAAGAAAGAUCUCAAGAGUCUAGCCACUCCAAGCGUGAUGGAGCUGAGCCAAGCUGGGGCCAAGUUCCACAUCGGCUCGGGGAAGAGUUUAUUCGACAUACGAUUCUCCAAUGGAACGAUUGAAAUCCCGAAACUGACCAUAUACUACGGAGCAGAUGUACUAUUCAGAAAUCUCAUCGGCUUUGAGAAAUGCAACUUCCACGAGAACUACAUUAAUGACUACAUCAUCUUCAUCGGUCAUCUUGUUCACUCUCCAGAGGACGUGGAGAUGCUAGUGGAGGAAGGAAUUAUCCGCAUCAGUACAUGGGACAGCAAAGAAGUUUUCGGGCUCAUCAAGAGCCUUGCGAAAGGAACGAGGUUCGUUCCGGAGGAUUUCUACUUCUCCGGUCUCUGUGCCGAGCUGAAUGAGUACUACAGAAUCCCUUGGCACAGGUGGAAGGCGACCCUGAAGCGGGACUACUUCAACAGUCCAUGGUCCAUCAUAUCCGUCGUUGCAGCCGUCAUUCUUCUCCUGCUCACUUUGGUACAGACGGUGUUCUCUGUUAUUUCUAAAUAGGCCCGCUCCAAUUUGAAAGUUUUGAUGCACAUAUACGCUCUAUUUUUGGUAGUCCAGUGGUGUCGACUUACUUCUUCAAAGUAGAUGAGCACAAACGUCAAUAAUGUAAAAAGACGAGUCUCUAAAUAUCUCAGAAAACUUUCUAUUAUAGUAUUUCAAUGUAAAAUGGCGAUUUGUCCCUUGCACUCGCAUCAA